UGGACACACCCACCCACCGGUCUCCCCGCGCGCACGUCGCGCUGUCGGGCUCGAGGCCGGAUGGCUCUCUCCCAUUUGACUCGGUACAGACAGGCUCAGACCAGGACAGGCAGGACAGGCAGGUCAGCAGCGACGGGAUAUCCGGGCUCGACGAGCGAGCCCGGACCCAUGGAUAGCGGAGGCGAGAGUAGUGAUGGAGGGUGGCUCUGGUGAGUGAUUCACGGCGAGAAACCCCGCGUAAAACAGCAUCGGGAUGACUCCGGCUGAUGCGACAUCUUUCUGUAAAGUGUGUCCUCGAGCUCCACCAAAGUCUUUCUGCAAAUGCAGCCUUUUCCGCUCUUCCCCGUUCUCCUUCUCCUUUCGUCCUCAACUCCCAUUGCGAAAGCAGAUCAUCCCUUCAGCGGCCCUUCUGUCAACUGGUCAACCCUGCGAGAUGAGCUGAAUCACCUGUACCCGCCUUUUUACCUGUCGUCAUCACAAAAUGGACGGCAUCCUUCGGGGCUGCUCGCAUCAGCCCUGGUCAAGACCGCGAUAGGCACUGAAGAGGCGAUCAGAUGGCUGACAUUGUCAGCAAUGUCAGCCGGCAACGCAUCUUCCUCACUGGCGAUAGGCACCUUUGCGUCGUUCCUGCUGCACGCGCUGCACGCCACGGGAGAGCAGAACAGUGAUGGCAGCAGCGCCCGUCGAGUCCUGCGGGCCAUUGAUCUGAUGCGCUCCGGUCUGCCGCUUGAAGCGCUGCUGACUUCCGGCUGGCCAGUAUUCAGCAUGCUCAUGCAUUUCCGCUCCGUGGUUGAUGCGGCUGGCCUUGAGAGUGAUUCAGUGUGUGCGGCGGGCAGCUGGGACCUGUUGUCUGAGGGACUGGAGUCAAUCGACUCAGUUGCGCGACAUGAGGGCAUCUCUGUGUCUCUGGCAAAUCAUCUCAUGGAGAUGGCAUCCAACAUAUCAGUUGUGUCCCAGGGACUCACCAUAGGUGAAAGGAGCGAAAUGGACACCGCUCACUAAAGAGAAAAUAAGCCAUAUUCAUUUCUCUUUGUAGGUAAGAUCAACGAGUGUCCUCCAGGGUCUAUGGCUGCCUUGACCUUGUGGCUCUUGGCCGCACUCGGGAGCGGUGUUCCUGACUUGCCCCGCAUUCUGCAAACCUAUGUUUCCAUUGCCGACGCACUGUGGCAAUUCAUGACGAUCGAACAACUCACAAGCACGCGUACAAAAGCCGACUCACAUCUGCACAUACCGGCUGCGUUCGUCUCUUCUGCGUCUUGUUUUGGUGCGUCCACGUGUUUCAGGUUGGCGGAUCUUGGAAUUGCUUCAGCUUUUGGCUGCGCAGGCACUGAAGAGACAACAACAAGGCAAGCCAUAAGCAGAGAGUCAUAAGUGUUCUCAUUUCCCUACUCUGCCGCAGCCGUGUCUGAGAGUGCAUUCCGGGACAAAUACAAAGAUUGGGAUGCUCAAUUCACCGUUCUGAUCACGACAAUUUCCAGAACACGAACGGUCAAUGUCAAUCGUGUGAUCCAGCUGUUUAAGACUGAACCAGCUGUCCGUGAGAUCAUCGUCUUAUGGAACAACGGGGAACAGGUAUUUUACCCGACAUGCAUUCGCUUAGUCCAUUUUCUCAAUGCCUCCAGGACCCUCCAUCGUUCGCGAAUUCGUCACUUGUGCCUGUGCGAGUCAUUACGCAGCCCAACAAGAACAUCUCGAAUCGGUGGAAGGUCGCUGCUUGUGAAUCCAAGACGCCGCUUGUCUUCAAUGUCGAUGACGACAUCGUAUUCGAUGUGGCUGAUAUUCUGCGGAUGUUCCUUGUCGCCCGGGCCUAUCCCAACACUGUGGUCGGAACGAUGGGGCGUUUCUUUGACCUGCAAUCGCGUCAGUAUUCUUUCCGUGGCUGGCCCUUGUUCAAUAUCGUGCUGCCCGGGUUUGCCUUUAUCGGUGUCGAGACGCUUCGAGAAUUUGUUCACGAGCGUGAAUUACUGAAGUAUUUUGACGCUGACGACGCCCACUGCGACGACAUCUCUCUCAACUGGUUCAUAUCCAUCAAGAAAAACCAAACGCUGAUUGCCGUUCCAGGUGUCAGGGUGGGCGAUGCGCCUCAAGCCAGUGAAGCAGGCGCGCUGUCCAUGCACAAGGACCGCAGGGCUCUUCGGUCGCGCUGCUGCGAGUGGAUCCUUAACUACUUCCGCAGCAACCACCUAAAGUUUGGUCGCUGGGUCUCUUCUUAUCCUGAUGUAGCCUGAGUGAAUCUCUCUGCAAUACGUCACAUACGCUACGCGCCAAGAAGAGCGUGGCCGAUGUAGGCCGCCCCGAUAAGACAGUAGUGAGUAAAGGAGAAACAAAUGAUGGCAGGAAGGGUGUUUAGAGUUGUCGCCGAGACAGUCGAUGAGAAAUUUUCAAUCUUCGCAUGGGGGACUUUUUCUCCCUCUGCUUUUCAAGUGAAUCAUGUUUCUGUGUGACUCAGAGGGAGCGGCUCCAAGGCAUAAAUGGGCCGUAUCUGCAUAUCUCCGAAGAAAAACAAAGACGAUGAAAUCGCAAGCUCCUGGUAGAGAAA